CAGUGCUGGACACAAGCGAAGUCGGUGAGAGAAAUGAGCACAGCUUCACUGCUGUGGAGGGAAAGGGACCGACUGAUCAUCUGCUUUUCAACUCAGAAUUACUGAGCAAAUCAGGGGAUUCUCUUGAAGCUCAGAACGGUUGGGAGGUGAUGGAAAUGGAUCCUGUUCAGGGAGGACAUGUUGACAGCAGUGAUGUGCUUCAUGAAGACCACACAGCAUUGCCCGAGGAAGACAACCCUGGGAAGAGAGGGAAUGAAUCACUGGAGGAAGGAGAAGAGGAGGAGGAAGGAGAGGGAAUCUCAUGCAAGAUGAAUCAGGGGAACAAGAAAGCAUAUACCAGGACAACAAAAGCCUCUCAGGUCCAGCUGUUCAAAGGAGAAAUGGCAGAGCACUCCAAGUACUUAUUCAAGACCCACAUGUGUCCAGAGUGCAAGCGGUGCUUCAAGAAGCGGACUCACCUGGUAGAACACCUCCACCUGCAUUUCCCGGACCCCAGGCUGCAGUGCCCAAACUGUCAGAAAUUCUUCACCAGCAAGAGCAAGCUGAAGAUCCACAUGAUGCGUGAGACUGGGGAGAAGGCUCAUCGGUGCCCGCUUUGCCACUACAGCUCUGUUGAGAAGAAUGCCCUUAACAGGCACAUGGCCAGCAUGCACGAGGACAUUUCCAACUUCUACUCAGAUGUCUACUCCUGCCCUGUAUGCGAGGAGAAGUUCAAGCUCAGCCAUGCCCUUAAAGAGCAUCUGAAGACUCACAAAGCAGAACACAAGCAACUGAGCUGCUUCCAGGCAGAUUGUAGCUACUGCACCGAGGACCGCAAGGAGUUCCUGCGGCAUGUCCGGGAGGUGCAUGACAUUAAAGCUGUGGAGUGCAAGUACUAUGCCUGCUCCCUGCUCUUCCCAUCUCCAGAGGUUAUGGAGAUGCAUCGCAAAACGCACUACGCCUUCCACUGCCAGCAGUGUGACUUCAUCUGUUCCAACAAGCAUAUGUUCCGCAAACAUAAGAAGCAAGGCCACCCGGGAAGCGAGGAGCUCCAGUGCAGCUUCUGCCCCUUUGCCACAUUCAACUCUGUGGAAUUCCAUGACCACGUUGGCAAGAUGCACGCUACUGAGAAGAUACACAAAUGCACUGAAUGCAACUUUGCCACUGCACACAAGAGGGUCCUCAUCCGCCACAUGCUUCUCCAUACAGGAGAGAAGCCUCACAAAUGUGAGCUGUGUGACUUCACUUGCCGAGAUGUGAGCUACCUUUCUAAACAUAUGCUGACCCAUUCCGAUGAUAAGAACUACAUGUGCACUGAAUGUGGCUAUGUGACAAAAUGGAAGCACUACCUGAAUGUUCACAUGCGCAAGCACACAGGAGAUCUCAGGUACCAGUGUAACCAGUGUCCCUACCGCUGCCAUCGGGCUGACCAACUGAGCAGCCACAAGCUACGCCACCAGGGCAAGUCCUUGAUCUGCGAGGUGUGCGGCUUCGCCUGCAAGCGCAAGUAUGAGCUGCAGAAGCACAUGAAGGCAAAACACUCUCAGGACUACCAGAUGCCUGUCUUCCAGUGCCAGUACUGCAGCUACCAGACCAAGUACAAGCAAGCCCUGCUCAACCACGAGAACUGCAAGCACACCAAGCAGAGGGAGUUCCGCUGUGCCCUCUGCCCGUACUGCACCUUCAGCAACACCAGCCUCUUCUUCCACAAGCGCAAGGUCCAUGGGUAUGUGCCAGGUGACAAGGGCUGGCAGGAGAGCUAUGCCAGCAAGGAGACAGAAGUCAACUCCACGGAGGUUGUGCUUGGCUAUAAUCUUGCCCUGACACUGCAUUCGAAAGAGUCGUGGCAUGACCAAGCAAAAUCCCUUCUUCCAGGAACUGAGGAGGAGUACCAGCAUCAGCAGUCUUUCAUCAUGCCGGUCUUUGGGAAUGGAAAUAACAGUGAGGCAGUGGCAGAAGAAGCUGUUGGAGGGCAGGGCCGUGACAAGGCAGACACGGCUGCCCCAGGAGAACUCUCCGAGGAAGUAUCUCCUGUGAGCGCCAGGGAAGCAGGCAAUGCGGGCAGCACACUGGGUCAAGAUGGCACCCUGCGCUUGGGCCCCUUCUGUAAUUCAGACCAGACUCUGGCGCAGCUGGCGAAGGAGAUGCCCACAGCUCUGCCAGAGAAACGAGGGGCUGUGAACUGCAGGGAAAUGGAGUCAGCCUAUGAAACGUUAGGCUCCAGAGACUCCCUCAUAUUGGAGGAUAGUGAUCCUGCCCUUGAAGACAUACCUGACUUUGAGGAGGAAACCGAAGUCCACGAGGACGAACAGUUGGAGCAGGAGAAAGGUGCUGGUGAGAGCUGCGGGAAGGACACUCAGCAAGAUCCAGGGGAAAAGGAAGACGACAGGCAGGACUCUGAACCCCUGCAAGUGCCACCCGAUCCUGAGCAGGACUUAGGAUACAAAGAGCUGAGUGAAGAGGAGACCUGGUCAAACAUGUUGAAGCCAGACUCCCUCCAACCCAGGGCCUGCCAUAGUUUUCACCCAGCCGCAGAAGGUGCUCUUCUCCAUUCGGAAGAGGCUUCCCAACCGGAAUCGCUGCUUAAAGCUCUGAGGAGGCAGGACAAAGAACAAGCAGAAACCUUGGUGCUGGAAGGGAGGGUCCAGAUGCUGGUGGUCCAGUCUGAAAGCCCAGUGUUCAAGUGUGAGAAGUGCUCCUACAUCACCAGGAAGGAGAAGUCCAUGUUAGUGCACUGCAGAACAGGUUGCCAGGGCAGGAAGGGCCCUCUUGUAUGCCAAGAGUGUGGAGCCAUCUUUAAGCAGCAAAGAGGAUUAAAUACUCAUAUCCUUAAGAAAUGUCCAGUCCUCAUGAAAAAGAACAGUGGAAAAUUAGUCUGUGUGGAUCAGUCUGUUGCUGGAGAGCCGAGAGAGAAGGGUCCGGGAAUGGCAGAGGCAAAAAAGGACGGUCCGGGAGCCUUGAAUGAGGCAGAGGGGAGCAAGCUGCGAGUGGGAUCUGGGGAAGCAGGACCUGAUGAUGCCGGCUGCCUGGCCACUGUGCGUCCCGACAAGCAGACUUUGGCUGUUGAUCAGCUAGAUCAGCCAUCUCAGGCUGUCCUUGCAACUACGGUGGAAGAAAAAUGGUCACAGGCCAUCACAGAGACAGCCACCUCUCAUUCAGAAAAAUACUACUUGGAGCAGGGCAAGUUCCACUGUAAAUCCUGUUUGUUCCUCUGUUCACGAGUGUCCACCGUCCGUUCCCAUGUACGGGAUGGAUGCCGUGGCCUGGAGAAGUUCUGGUGCCCCAUAUGCUCUAAGCCUUUUCACUCCAAGAGGGCCCUAAAGAUCCACCAGUCAGCGGAGCAUGUUGAAGCCCAUCCCAACGGCACCAUCCCCCCGGAAGCAGGAGAGGAACACAGGAACGGGCAGACUGGUGGUGAGGAGACGAGCCAGCCUGAUGAGUCAGCAGCAGCGACAUCUCCACCUCCAGCCUCUCAGCACAAGAGGCAGUGCUUCUCUUGCCCUACCUGUCCUUUCACGUGUCACCAGGAGCGUGCCCUGAAGACUCACAAGAAGCGGGGGUGCUUGAAGUCAGGCGAGUUCCACUGUACGCUGUGCUCCUUCACUUCCAAGGCUGCUGCAACCCUAAGACUCCACCGUAAGCUCCACCAGAAGUACUACAGUACACGCCCCCAGCUGGCCUGUCGCCAGUGUGACUUCACUUGCAAGCAAGCACGCUGUCUGCGUCAGCACAUGCGCAUCAAGCAUGAAGGUGUGAAGCCUCACAAGUGCCCUUACUGUGAGUUCAGCACCACGCGGCGCUACCGCCUGGAUGCCCACCAGUCCUUGCACACAGGAGUAGGCCGCAUUGCCUGCCCGACUUGUGGCCAGACCUUCGGCACCAACUCCAAACUGCGCAUUCACCACUUACGUGUCCAUGAGAAGAAGCCCACUCACUUCUGCCCACUCUGUGACUACAGUGGCUAUAUUCAGAAUGACAUAACUCGCCAUGUCAACAGCUGCCACCAAGGGGAGCUCAACUUUGCCUGCACACGUUGCGAAGCCCGUUUCAGUUCCGAAACAGCUCUCAAGCAGCAUGCUCUCCGGCAGCAUGAGGAGAAAGUCUCCUACAGUUGUCCACACUGUGCCUUUGUUUGCCACAGUGAGGCAACCCUCAAGUGCCACGUCCAGAAGCAACACCCUCUCCUGCAGUGCUCUACCUGUAAGGAGACUCUGACUACCCGCGAAGAGCUGGAGGACCAUAAGAAACUACACUUCAGCCACCGCUGUGACUGCUGUAGCUUUGCAGCCAAAGAGCGGCAGCAGCUAGUGAACCACUACUUGGAGGCCCACGAACCAUCUGUGGCUGAGAAAAGGCCGCUCAACUGCUCCUUCUGUGACUUUGCCUGUCACCACCAGCUGGUCUUUGACCACCACAUGAAGGGUCAUGGCGGCACCCGUGUUUACAAGUGCUCUGACUGUGAAUACACCACCAAGAACAAACAAAAGAUCACAUGGCACAUCCGCAUUCACACUGGGGAGAAGCCUUACAAGUGCCACUUGUGUCAGUAUGCCUGCGCUGACCCUUCACGCCUCAAGUAUCACAUGCGCAUCCACAAGGAAGAGAGAAAGUACCUUUGCCCGGAGUGUGGCUACAAAUGCAAGUGGGUGAAUCAACUGAAGUACCACAUGACAAAGCAUACAGGGAUCAAGCCAUACCAGUGUGAUGAGUGCCAGUACUGCACCAACCGAGCCGAUGCCCUGCGCAUCCACAAGGAGACCCGCCACCGCGAGGCCCGCUCGUUCAUCUGUGAGCAGUGUGGGAAGGCCUUCAAAACCCGCUUCCUCCUGAAGACUCAUCUGAAGAAGCACAGCGAGGAGAAGCCAUAUGUCUGCAACGUGUGCCACCGGGGCUUCCGGUGGGCAGCUGGCUUGCGGCACCAUUACCUCACCCACACCAAUGAGCACCCUUUCUUCUGCCGCUACUGCAGCUAUAAGGCCAAGCAGAAAUUCCAAGUGAUCAAGCAUCUGCAGCGGCACCAUCGUGAGCAGGGGGACCUCAGCAAAGGGGUGGGCAAGGACCCCAGCACACUCACGGUCCAUCUGCAUGAUGUCCAGCUGGAGAUUUCCCCCUCCAAGCACCCAGGGGAAGGAGAGGCUCAGGCAUUACCACACAGCUGAUUUGAGACAGACAGAUGGACUUAGAAGUCAGGGCUGCUCUGCUGUAUUCUCCAUGAGCCAUAGGAAGGCAGGCGCCUACUGCUGACCGGACAGGGAGUCACGUCCAAGCCAUUUCAAGCCCAGUGGGAUGAACACAGGCCAUCCUAGGCCGCGUAUGCAUUUGUGUAUGUUUAUAGGCAUAUCUGUAUAUCUGAUGUAAAGGAUGUUACUGUAUA